CAAAAACCAGUGGGUGCCAACGUCAAUGACACAACCAAACGGGGCCAACAUUUGUCAUCCACCACAUAAUCGAUUAAAAUAUUCUCACCGAGUAUCUUCCUAUAAAAACUUGAACCUACCUACAAUUAUUACCAAACAAGGAAGUUUUCAAGUUUUUUUUUUUCUUUUUUUUCAGUUCUGGUUGUGAAAAUAUGGGAGGAAGCUCAAUUUCAAUGAGGAAUAUGAAGGUACGGACAUGGGAAAGGUGUUCGAAGCAAAUAAGAGAGCAGAGGGGAAGGCUUUAUAUUAUAUGGAGAUGCACUGUGUUACUCCUUUGUUGGCAUGAAUGAGAGAGUUAAUGGAUGAUUAUGAUGUUUAGUUUAGAAACAGAGAUCACCCUUCAAGUAGGAGGUGGGGAUUCUUCUUCUUCUUCUUCUUCUUCUUCUUCUUCUCCUCUUUAUUUUUUAGGAGGUAGAAAAAUUAGAUUCAAGACAGGAUUGUUAGGCUGAUGAACAUUGCCUAAACAUGAAUUUCAGAAGAACAAAGCUGAUAAAUUAACAUGUUGGGUUCCAUUUUGUGUGUGUGUGUGUGUGUGUUGUAAAAGAUCCCUUUUAAUAUGCCACUGCAAGAGCAGAGUAGUUCCAGAAGUUAAUGCAAAAUUGCUUUCACCAAAAA